AUGAUCACCAGACCUUCACCACCACCAAGAGUGGCGAUCAUCAGAAAUUAUAGCACGACAGAGCAAUGGGGAAAGGAUAUGCUUAACGGAAUAUGUGACCUUGUGCACGCGUCCGCUCCUACGGCAGAAAUCCAACACUAUUCACCCCUUGAAGGAGGAUGCCUUCCAGAAGCCACCUCCUUCGACCUGGUCAUCUUGACUGGUGGCCUUUAUGAUCUCACCAGCUCAAUCGUGGAGCCCUGGGUCUCACAGACCUUGGAAUGGGUCCGUGAUACGUAUAAUCACCAUUCACAUACCAAAAUCCUGGGAAUAUGUUGGGGUCACCAGGCCGUCUUGCACGCUAUGGGUGGCACAAUCGAUCUUCGUAAAGGUGGGAUCUUGAUCGAUGUCGAGGAACUUCCACUUACAGCUAGUGGCCGCGAAUUCUUUCAAGGGAGUCAAAAUCUGCGACUUCAUAAAUUUCACAAGCGGGUUGUCUCUACUUUGCCAGAAGGGUUUAAGCUUCUUGCAGACAACGAAGAGAUAGUCAUCUCGGAGAACGGCCAGGUACUCUCUUUCCAAGGCCAUCCCGAGAUGGCCGCUUCCAUUGCUCAACAGUUGGUUGAUACAGGGGACUCGUCGUAUUUGUCGGAUCCGAGUCCUACUGGUAUCGCCAAGCUACACAACGCACUUGAAGAGCCUCAUGAUGGGGUGAAGGCAUUUGGACGGGCUAUGUCCUGGGCAUUUUCAAGGGAUGGAUAG